GUCUUAGGAAUUGAUACUUGGCCAGGACUGCAAAUACACAGUCAUAACUACCGGACUCCUGAACCCUUUCAGAAUCAGGUUGGCUUUGUGGAUGGCAUGACAGUAAUCUAUAUAUUGUUUGUGUUUUCCAAUUGAAUUUACUAUUAAUAGCAAUUUUUGUAUGGAUUUGGGGCUUUAUUACUAAUUGAUUCUGGCUGACAGAUAGUGGUGCUGAUUGGAAAGGGAUUCAGUGCCACUGACAUAUUGCAAGAGAUCUCUUCUUUUGCAAGAGAAGUUCACCAGGCUGUUAGAGGGGUUGAUUUUAGAUCUGAAAAGCUAGAAAAUCAAGACAAUGUUUGGAAGCAUCCAAUGAUCAAAUGUGCUCAUGAAGAUGGUAAAGUGGAAUUCCUGGAUGGAUCGGCUGUUUAUGCAGAUGCCAUUAUUCAUUGUACUGGGUACAAAUACCAUUUCCCAUUUCUUAAUACAAAUGGGAAAGUUACUGUGGAUGACAACCGUGUUGGACCUUUGUACGAACAUGUUUUCCCACCAAGCUUAGCACCCUGGCUUUCUUUUGUGGGACUACCUAACUUGACACAGCCGGCUCUGCUAAUGGAGUUGCAAGCUAAAUGGGUGGCCAAAGUAUUGUCUGGCAAAUUGAAGCUGCCAACUGAAGAAGAGAUGACAACUUCAGCUCAAGGAUUUUACCAGCAUUUAGAUCAGGUUGGAUGGCCCAAGCGCCUCACUCAUCAGCUUCUGCAGGAUAAGAUUGAUUAUGAAAAUUGGCUCUUACUCAGUUGAGUUUACCAUCACUAGAGAAGUGGAGAGAACAAUUGUUUUACCAUAUGAAGAACAUCUUGUUAUCAUCUUCUCCUGGUAAUUAUCGAGAUGGCUGGGAUGUUGAUGAAUGGAUACAAGAAGUGCAGUCUUCAUAUUGAAGACUGUAGAAUCCUCAUCAUCAUGUUUUCAAGACUUUGAUCAAUCGUCAAUGUCCUCUGGAGUUCUCUGCAGUGCUUUUCUGAUGUAUUGUACUGUUUCUGUUAAAAUAAUCUCCAUUUUUGUUGCCAUAAUCUUUAUUUUCUACAGUUUUACAGUCCAAGCUCUCUGGUGAGGGAAGGGUUCUCAAUAUCCAAGCCCUCUACGACGCAACAGUUUGGAUUGUAA